AUGGAGGUCCGACCGGUGCUCGAGAGCACGUUCUCGCCCGACGCCAGAGUCCGCGGUGAUGCCGAGAGAACUCUCAGAGAGGCUGAAGAGAAAGACUUUUCCUCCCGUCCGCCAGGCCGCCGGCAUCGCCUCAAGAACGCCUUCACAUACCGCGACCUCAUCCGCUUAAGAGCGGUACAGACCCGAUGGCUCGAGACCGUACCCGCCGAUGUGAAGGACAAGGUUCGCCAGGAUGCCCUACACACUCUCGCUUCCCCUGGUUUGUCAGCCGCAUCCGCUGCACAACUCAUUGCCGCUAUCGCAGCGAUCGAGCUACCGCGCAAACAAUGGCCCAACCUGAUGGACACACUGGUCAAGAACGUGCAGAAUGCGACUCAGUCAAGUCUCAAGCAGUCGAGUCUAACUACGAUUGGCUUCAUCUGCGAGACGGAAGAUAUUGACCUUCGGGAAGUCUUGGUCACCCAGUCUAAUCAGAUUCUCACCGCUGUGGUCACUGGUGCCAAGAAGGAAGAGCCUGAUCAAGAAGUCCGACUUGCUGCCCUCACAGCCUUAAGCGACGCUACCGAAUUCAUCCGGACCAACUUCGAACAGGAGCAUGAGCGCAACUACAUCAUGCAAGUCGUUUGCGAAGCUACUCAGCCUCAACCCAAUGGCGAUACGAGAGUGCAAGCGGCGGCAUUCGGUUGUCUCAACCGCAUCAUGGGCAUUUACUACCACCAGAUGAGCUUCUACAUGCAGCGUGCUCUCUUCGGUCUCACUAUCAACGGCAUGAAGAGCGAGGAGGAGGACGUGUCCAAAUUGGCUAUCGAAUUCUGGUGCACUGUCUGCGAGGAGGAGAUCAGCAUCGAUGAUGAUAAUCAGCAGGCCUCAAAUGAGGGCGCCAUUGAGAGCGAGCUCCGUCCGUUCUUCCAGUUUGCCCGGAUUGCUUCGAAAGAAGUUGUACCAGUGCUACUGGAGUGCAUGAAGAAGGUCGAGGAUGACGAUGCCGACGAUGACUACAACGUUGCCCGUGCCGCAUACCAAUGUCUACAACUGUUCGCCCAGACGAUUGGCGCUGACGUCGUACAAUUUGUCCUGGACUUCGUCGAACGUAACCUUCAGGACCAGGACUGGAAAUGUCGGGAUGCAGCGGUUUCAUCUUUCGGCGCCAUCAUGGACGGCCCAGACGUCAAGAUCCUUGAUCCGUUGGUCAAGUCGGCUUUGCCAGUCCUUCUGAAGACUAUGCUGAACGAUCCCAAGGUGCAAGUCCAGGAUUCUGCAGCAUAUGCAGUGAGCCGAAUCUGCGACUAUUGUGCAGAAUGUAUCGAUCCGACCGAGCAUCUACCCCAGAUGAUGGAGGCCUUGUUCCAAGGCUUACAAAGCAACCACAAAAUCGCGGCUUCGUGCUGCUUGGCACUUCUCAACCUGACAGAGCGCUUCGUCAGCCCAGAGUCCGCCGAUACCAACGCCCUGAGCCAGUACUUUGAACCAAGUGUCGACACCCUGCUGCGUGUCACAAACAGACAAGAUUAUCCCGAUACCACUGUCCGCACCGCUGCUUAUGAGGUCUUGGGCGGAUUUGUCACAAAUAGUGCACGCUCGACUCUACCUCUGGUCGAGAAACUUACUGCUGAGAUUAUUCAGCGACUCGGCAACACGAUUCAAUACCAGAACAAUAUCGUCAGCAUUGAAGAGAAGCUUCAGCUUGAGGAACUCCAAGUCAGCCUUGCCAGCGUGCUUCUCGCUAUUGUUCAACGCUUGGAAUCAGGCUUCACUGCAGAUAUGGCUAAUGCAGUCAUGAGUGUCAACUUGGAGAUGCUCAAGAAUGCUUCGCACACCAGCGUGCCUGAAGUCAUCUUCCAGAUCGUGUCCGGUUUGGCUAACGCGCUUGGUGCCGACUUCGAGCCUUAUAUGGAUGGCUUCACUCCGUUCCUCUACAACGCGCUUGGGAAUCAUCAGGCCCCAGAGAUGUGCUCCCUGGCCAUCGGCCUAGUCAGUGAUAUUGUUCGAGCCUUGGAGGACAAGGCCCAGCGGUUCUGCGAUACGUUCAUGAACUACCUGCUCAAUGCCUUGGCUUCCGACAAGAUCACCAAUCAGCUCAAGCCUCCUAUUCUGGAGACCUUCGGAGACAUUGCCACAUCCAUUGGUGUUGGGUUCGAGCCGUACGCUCAGACAGUUGCGAAUGUGCUCGAACAAGCACGAACCGUUUCGGCUGCUUCCGAUGUAUCUUUCGAUAUGCUCGAUUACAUCGUAUCCCUUCGAUCCGGUAUCGCUGAUGCGUGGAGCGGCAUUAUCAUUGCUUUCAAGGGGACACCAAAGGUCGACGUCAUUCAAGGCUUCGUGCAACAAAUUUUCGCUUUUCUGGAAAGUGUAGCGGCUGAUGCCAAUCACAACGAGGGCCUUCUGCGUUCGUGUAUGGGCCUCAUUGGUGAUCUAGGAGAGACAUUCCCCAACGGGCAGCUCGCAAAUUAUCUCCGAUCGCCUCGAAUCACAGAACUCAUCCGUGAGACACGGGCCGCACGCGAGUAUUCCGACCGAACACGAGAAACAGCAAAAUGGGCUCGCAGCGUUGCUAAGGCACAGACUCAGGGGAACCAAGCAGAACACGUGCCGGUCUCGCCCACGCCGACCGUGGUUGGCAGUCCGUCUCCGCGACGAGAGCCGCAGUGGGAUCUCGCAUCCACCGACCCCUCCGACGACAUCGAUCUCCUUGACGGGUUUGGGCUGUCAGCCGAAGGGGACCCGCGGCUGCGCCGGACCUCGCUGUAG